UGCGGUGUGGACACGGCACGGUGCUUCUUUUUCUCUUCCAUUUUUUAUACAAUAGUGGUCAACUAUUGUUUAUUUUUCAUAUCAUUAAUGUAUUAUUAUCGUCCAUUUCUUGCUCCGUUCAUUACCAUCACCAAACUCAGUAACGUUUCACGUUUGCUUUAGAUUCAUAUGCUUUCUUUUUUUCAUUUGAAGAAUGGCAGAGCAAAUUCCAUAUGGUGUUGCUACUAGCCUCAUAAAUAGGUUAGGGUCUGCUGCCUUGCGUGAAUUUGGACGGAUCAAUGGUGUUAUGAAUGAAUUGGAAAAGCUUAAGAACACGGUUGAAUCUAUUAGAGUUGUGCUCCUUGAUGCUGAAGAGAAACAAGAAGCACAAAAUCAUGCUGUUCGAAAUUGGGUAAGAAGGCUCAAAGAUGUGCUUCAUCCUGCAGAUGAUUUGCUAGAUGAAUUUGUUAUUGAAGAUAUGAGGAACAAAAUGGAUGAAACUCAUAAGAACAAAGUAACAAAGGUACUUCAUUCCUUAUCUCCAAACAAAAUUUCUUUUCGCCGUAAAAUGGCAUAUGAGAUUGAAAAAAUACAAAAAGGUUUUAAUGAUGUAGUAAAAGAUAUGUCUGGGUUGAAUCUAAACUCAAACGUUGUGGUGGUUCAACAAACUAACUGUGUAAGGAGAGAGACUAGUUCUUUUGUGUUGGAAUCGGAUAUCAUUGGAAGAGAAGAUGAUAAAAUGAAGAUUAUAAGCUUGUUGAGACAACCACAUGAAAAUCAAAAUGUCUCUUUGAUUGCUGUUGUUGGAUUUGGUGGUUUGGGAAAGACAACUCUUGCUCAAAUGAUUUAUUGUGACAUGGAAGUGAAAAAUUUGUUUGAAAAGAGGAUGUGGGUAUGUGUCUCUGAAAACUUUGAAGUCAAAACUAUUGUGAAGAACAUGUUGGAGUCAUUAACCAAGAACAAAAUUGAUGAUGCAUUAUCAUUGGACAACUUGCAAACUAAGCUUCGUGACCAUUUAACUGGUAAGAGAUACUUGUUAGUUCUAGAUGACAUUUGGAAUGAGAGUUAUGAAAAAUGGGCUCAAUUGAAGACUUAUUUGAUGUGUGGGGCUCAAGGAAGUAAGGUUGUAGUGACGACUCGUAGUGCAAUUGUGGCACAAACCAUGGGUGUAAGUGUCCCUUAUGUUUUGAAUGGUUUGAUUCCAGAAGAAUCUUGGAGUCUAUUAAAGAAAAUUGCAUCUUGGGAUGAUACCAUUGGAGUGAAUAGAACCAUUGAAUCAAUUGGUAGGAAGAUAGCGGAAAAGUGCAAAGGAGUUCCAUUAGCAAUUAGAUCGUUAGGAGGCAUAUUACAAAGUAAAAGUGAAGAAAGGGAAUUGAUUGAUGUCCUACAAGGAAAUUUUUGGAACUUGUGUGAGGAUAAAGAUAGCAUCAUGCCGGUCCUAAAAUUGAGUUACCAUAACUUGUCGCCUCAACAAAGACAAUGUUUUGCUUAUUGCUCUUUAUAUCCUAAGGAUUGGGAAUUUGAGAAGGAUGAGUUGAUUCGAAUGUGGAUGGCGCAUGGUUAUCUUGACUGUUCAGUUGAAGGGAAGAGCAUGGAAGAUGUUGGUAACCAAUUUGUUAAUAUUUUCUUGAUGAAAUCAUUCUUCCAAGAUGCAAAAUUGAAUAAAGAUGGUGAUAUAAAUGGUUUUAGAAUGCAUGAUUUGAUGCACGAUCUUGCAACACAAGUAGCUGGAAACGAUUGUUGUUACUUGGAUAGUACGGCAAAAAGAUGUCCAGGAAGACCUGUGCAUGUAUCUCUGGAAUUUGAAGCGUUUUGUUUGUUGGAAUCAAUGGAUGUUAGUCGACUUCGAACUUUGAUUAUGUUGGGAACCCAUUACAACACAUUGGAUAGAGAGGAACUAUCAGUUAUUUCAAAUUUCAAAAACUUACGCGUCUUGAAGCUAAGUUCUUCUUUGAGCAAGCUACCUUGUUCCAUUGACAAAUUGAAGCAUUUAAGAUAUCUGAAUUUAUUAAGGUGUCGUGGACUAGAAAGUCUUCCCAAAUUUUUAGGCAAUCUAGUUUGUUUACAGACCAUAAAAGUUUCAUGGGAUGAAGUUGUACUUUCUACAAAAGUUGUCUCAAAAUUAAUCAAUUUGAGGCACCUUGAGAUUAAUAAUUGGACCUUCAAAGAAAAGACACAAGAUGGAUUUCGAAAAUUGAGCAUACAACAAUAUGAUGGUUCGAUGUUUUCCAAAUGGCUUUCUCCACUCACAAAUAUAAUUGAAAUAUCUCUUGAUUGUUGUCGAGGUUUACAAUAUCUCCCACCACUGGAACGUCUUCCAUUCCUUAAGUCACUUGAGUUAUGUUACCUCGAUGAAUUGGAGUACAUAUAUUACGAAGAGCCUAUUCUUCAUGAAUCAUUCUUCCCAUCUUUGGAGAGUCUAAAAUUUAUGGGUUGUAAUAUUCUGAGAGGAUGGAGGAGGAUGGGAGAUGAUUUCAGCGAUAUUAAUUCUUCACGUCAUCUCUUGUUGCCUCAGUUUCCUCGUCUAUCUAUAUUGGAAAUUGGUGGGUGCUGGAUGUUGACCUCCAUGCCUAUUUUUCCAGAGAUUAAGACGAGACUAUCAUUGACAGAGUGCAAUGUGCAGAUAUUGGAAGCAACACUAAAUAUAGCAAUGUCACAAUAUUCGACUGGCUUCCCUCCUCUUUCCAUGCUCAAAUCCAUGGAAAUUGGCGAAGUCAGUUCGGAUGUGAAAAAACUCCCAAAAGAUUGGUUGCAAAAUCUCACAUCUCUUGAGAAUCUUGAUUUUUACUUUGUUUCAAGUGAACAGUUUCAAGUAAUUGAAAUGUGGUUUAAAGAUGGCCUCAAUUGCCUUCCUUCUCUCCAAACAAUCACCUUUAAAAGUUGUUCUCACCUAAAUACACUGCCAUAUUGGGUAUGCAACCUAUCAUCACUUCAACAUAUCAAAAUGAUCAAUUGUGGAAAUUUGGCACUGCUUCCUGAAGGAAUGUCACGCCUUACCAACUUACGUACCCUAGAAAUCAUUGGAUGCCCACUCUUAGGUGAAGAGUUCUGGACAGAAACAAGUGCAACAACUAGUAUCAUUAGACAGGAAGUGUUUUGGCAUGAGGAAGACAAUGGGGAACCAAAACGACAAUUCUUUUAUGAGUCAGGCUACUCUGUACGUGAACGAAACAAACGAUGGGCAAAGUUACAAUUUAGAAAAAUAUAAAGAAAUUUGGAUUUUAGAAUACAUUGUAUUUCUUUGUAACGAAUAAUAUUACGCCUCUUUUAUACUUUGUUUCUAGGAAAAUUAGACCCUAUUCUGUUACACCUCUUUCAUUGUGAUUGCCAAUAAUUUUUUCUUUUUUUUAUACAGUAAAUAUAGCCUCAUUGUA